GACCCAUCACUAACCUCCAUAUGACUACUUCAACCAAAAUGCAAAGAGCGGUAUUUGUCAUGCUGCUGUCUAGGCAACGGAUCUAGCUAGCAAAUGAAGCAGUGAAAGUAGGUUAAAACAUAUUGCAAACUGUGGAAUGUUUGACAUUUUUGCACAUUAUUGCUUCGUUCUUUGGAAGAGCAAUGUAGCUUUAUUAACGUUUGCAAGUCAACGUGUGUUUCGAACUUUACUACUUUUUCAUUUCGUGGCUAGGUAGCUGCACUUUUGCUUUCACUCCCAAAAUAUUUUUCUGUUGCUAUUAGCUACUGUCGCUAAUUAGCUAAAUGGCAAGUAAAAAGCUUAGAAGAACCGGACUAUCAGUCGAAUUAUGCGACAGACUCAAACGACACCAAAUAGAAAAUUGCCAGGACCUGCUGUCCCUCACACCUAUAGAGGUGAUGCGCCUCGCCGGACAGAGUUACCAACAGGUUUUGGUGCUGCUGAAAUCUGUCAGUCAGUCCUGCGCCCCUUCAAUGACCACGGCUUUGGAGGUGUGGAAGCAGCGUGCUGACCUGUGUUUCUCGACCUCACUGCCUGGCCUAGACAGACUUCUACAAGGAGGGCUAUCACGGGGGACACUCACAGAGGUGACAGGCCCCUCGGGUUGUGGGAAGAGCCAGAUGUGUAUGAUGCUCAGUGUGCUAGCCACUCUACCAAAGAGCAUGGGCGGCCUGGACAGCGGAGUCAUCUACAUAGAUACUGAGUCAGCUUUUUCAGCAGAGAGGUUAUUGGAGAUUGCUCAGAGCAGGUUUCCAGACUACUUCUCCAAGGAACGUGUGUUGGAGAUGGCUGGACGUGUCCACGUUUUUCGGGAGCUCACGUGCCAAGAUCUCCUGAACAGACUGAAGAGGCUGGAUGAGGACAUAAUCUCCUCAAAGGCUGGCUUGGUGAUUCUGGACUCGGUGGCCUCGGUGGUGAGGAAGGAAUAUGACACUUCACUUCCUGGGAACCUCGCCCAUCGCAGCAACCUACUGGGCCAAGAGGCUGCCACUCUCAAAUACCUGGCCCAGGCCUUCCGCAUCCCGGUGGUCUUGACCAACCAGAUUACAACACAUGUGGGCGACGGAGGCGAGAGAGGCGCCGUGUCAUUCACAGGAGUGCCAAGUGAGGAGGGUUCUGGGUAUGUGACGGCGGCGCUGGGCAACACGUGGAGUCACAGUGUCAACACCCGCCUCAUCUUUCAGUAUGUAGAUGCGCGACAACGACAGAUUGUGAUAGCCAAGUCUCCGGUGGCCCCAUUUGCAGUUCUUAACUACAGUGUCCAGAAGGAGGGCAUCCGUCUUGAGGGGAAUUAUGACAACCAGGAAGUGGCGCAUCAAGGGACAGACCCGGGCCUCCAGCCUAUCAGAGUAUGGACAGGAUUCAACUACAACCUUAUGAAAGACACUUGUGCUGCCUCUGGCCAGCUGAAGCUGCUUUGACUUGUGUGUGUGAGUGUGUGUGUGUCUGUGUGAGAAUGUCUGCUUGCAGAAUGUGCGUCUGUUGGUCCGUGUCUGUGUUUUAGUGUCUGUAACAUUUGUUGUAAAAUUAGAAUGUCCUAGAAUGUAUAAUAAAAUAAAGAGUUGUGUUGACCCCUGA